GCCCUGCCGGCAGCGCUAGCCUUCGGACAUGUUGGUGGUAAGCGGUCAGACCGGGAUGAAGCGGCCGGCGGAGGGCUGGGACCGCAGCCGGGUUCGCGAGAGACUGCAUGCCGCUCUGGCCGGCCUCCAGGAGCUCCAGGUGCUGAGGGACAAGCAGCAGACGCUGGUGAGAGCGGCUCUGGCCAUGCAGCCGGCCGCGCCGCCGCCACCCCAGCCUCCGGUUCCCCGCGCGCCUCGGCUCCCGCAGCUGCUGCCCUCGACUGUCCCUGCGGGAGACCCGCACAGCAAGGAGCAUCGAUUGGAAGCCACUCUCACUGCUCUCAAGGAACAACUGUCACGUUUGAGGAGACAAGAUGUUGGCCUGAAAACUCACUUGGAUCAACUGGACCAGCAAAUAAGUGAACUUAAGUUGGAUGUAAACAAGACCUCCAGUGAAAACCUUGAUAGUGACAGCAGGCCUAGUUCAGGCUUUUAUGACCUGAGUGAUGGUGGGUCCUGUUCUUUGUCCAACUCCUGCACAUCCGUCUACAGUGAGUCCAUCUCCUCCUCUCAUAGCAGUCUGCUUCCUGGAAUUCAGACCCCUAAAGUCAGGCUCAGUAUCUUCGACUACCGCCCCAAGUCUGCUGAUGAGACCACUGUACACAGUGCCCACCUCCAACCUCAGAGACUACCUGUGAGUGACGGUUGUUGGAUCAAGGGCAGCCCAGAGAGUGAAGGGGAAACUUUGGCCAAGUUCAAGCCAAGGCCAGUUUCUACAGGUGACCUUGAAAGAAUUGUGCCAACUGAUGGAAGCCUUCAAAAGACAACCACUGACCCUAAGUCUGUGUCACCCCUUUGCCAUGGAACAGAAAUUCUGUUCCAUGUGGUGGACCCAAAGUAUCAGAGUGACUUGGUCUCCAAGAGUGGCAAUGAUAUAUACCCUUAUCCAAGUCCUCUGCAUGCAGUGGCUUUGCAGAGCCCCCUGUUUUCUUUGACUAGGGAAACCCUAGAGACUGACAACCACUUGCCCCUUUCUAAACCCAUCCUGAGUGUGUCAGGUCCCAACUUAAUCAGGACUAAACCGAUUAUUGAGGUUCCUCCUCCUGGUGGCUAUAUUGACAAGCUGCUCCAGCUGACCCGGGACCGAGGGAAAUAUACAGGGGGCAGUGUGAGUGAGAGGGCAUCAGUUAAAGGGCAGGUGCCCCCAUCCCAGCAGAGGCUCAGUAUUACUCCCACCCUCAGUGGGCUGAGAGUGAACAGUGGUAGUCAGCUAGAGAAGCAGGUUAGCUCUCCAGAAAGUAUGCAAGCUAACGCAGGAAGGGUUCAGAGAGAGUUGCCUGAUGAGAACAGUGUGAAACCCCAAGAAGCCGGAGAAGCCUGUUUAGAUGUGGAACAGCCAGCCAGCCAGCAAAGCUUGGAAUCCUUGGCUACAAAGAGCUGCUUCCCUGGUGAGGUCAGCCCUGCCUCUGCUCAGGAAGAGCCAGGGGUCAUUAAUCUAGAACAGGACUCACCUUCCUGCUCCCAGGUACACCAAUCACAUCUCAACCUGGCUCCCCAAAGGGCAAAUGCCAAAGUCAUCCUGCCGCCCAGAAAGGUGGGCAAAAAGGGGACUAGUCUCGUUACGGGUGAGUUUGUCCAUGCUCAGUUUGUCCCCGGAGAGGCCCACCUGAUGAGGUUGAAAGCAAGCAAUCCCAAGGCAAAGGCUCUGAAGGUCAAGCGAAGGAGCAGUGAUAAGGUGCUGAGGCUUGGGAAGCAGCAGCCACUGUUAACAGAGAGGCCACGGGGAAUGCACACAGUGUCCCGACUGACUGCAGAGUGGAAUCCUUCUCUGAGGUCCCACGGAGGAAAGAACCUCAUGAGGAGACCAACAUUUGUUGGGGAAGUGACUGGUCGGUCUUGCUCUGAGUCUAGCCUCUUUCCUGUACAGUUUCACAUCCCAACAGUAGUGUCCCGUCCUGAGCUUUAUCCAGCCUCAUCACAUCCUUUGUACUCUUUUGAAGCGGCUCAACUCAAUGUGGUAGCCAACGGGGGUGCCAAGAAGAAGCAGCAACGGAAAUGGCAGUCGACCGUAGAGAUCUCAGCUAAGACCCACCUGACAAGCUUUUCUGCUGACACCGGCUUGGCCCUGCCCAGGCCACCUGCAAGGAGAGCUGGCAUCUUACGGACUGUGAGCGUGAGGGCCCGGCCCAAAGUACACAGUCAUAACACUUAUGCCAAAAGUGAGUCAGACCACUCAGAAUACUCAGCUGAGUGCGCCUCCCUCUUCCACUCCACCAUUGUGGAAACUAGUGAAGAUGAUGUCAGUGACUACACCGCCAACUGCUUUGGGGAUAGUGAAUCUGAGGACAGUGACUCAGAGGGGGCCUGUAGGAGCAGUGAGAGCAGCCUCACUCUAGACUAUGAGGAAGCUGUUGGGAGUGAGCUGAUUUGGCCCAAGGCCAUUGUCCAGCAGCCAGUAAGGGUGCAGGCUGCCUCUAAGUCGUCUCACCAUCCAGUGCCCAAAAUCUGCCGCAUCAAGGCCUCUAAGGCCCUAAAGAAGAAGAUUCGGCGAUUCCAGCCAGCAUCUCUAAAAGUUAUGACCAUGGUGUGAACAAAAAUGAAAAAGAAAUGUCCCAGAAGAAACCAGGUUGACUUUAGAACAAGAUAGGUUGGAGUUCUAAAAAAAAAAAAAAAUGCAUUAUGGAUGAACCAGAAAUGAUGCCCCCAAAAGGCCAAAAGACCUUUUACUUUGCUAAUAUUUGUGUAAAGAGCAAUGUGUGUAAUUUCUUUAUCUUUCCACUGUUUAUUAUACAAAUACGAAUUUGUGUUAUCUUGCCCACUUGACUCUGUCUUCAGAAAUCCUUUUUAGAAAGGGAAUUGCCUCAAAACCAGAAGAUACAGCUAGAUUCUAUACAGUAAAUAUUCUGGCAGAGAGAUGAAUAGGGAAUAUUAUUGUCCACUCUGCUAGAAUGAUUCUCUACUCCAUAGUGUGAUGUUUCAGAAAUCAUUCACACUUCAGUUUACCACCCAAACCAGUUUCUUUUCCGUGUCUUCUAAUAUUUACAUUGUCAUUGGUAAUACAUCUCUCUCCAAGCCCUCUGUUUCCUUAAGUCAUAGCAGGGCUGCCUCAGGUACACCUUGCAGAGGGUAUAUUUCUCAGUUGUGCUUGGCCACACUAGACAAAGAACGAUAGGUUUUUGUUCUAUCUUUUAAAGGGAGAGCGGUUGGUUGUGAGGAUAGGUGUUGAAAUUGGGUCUGAGUUCCUGAGUCAUUCAUAGCCCUCCUCCCUGACCAAACUUUAGCUUAACUCAGUCACCAAAAAUGUGAAUAUUUCUUUUCUCCUAUUUCCCCCCUAGCAUGAAGUAGAGGUCAAGUUUCCUGCUGAAGCAACAUCAUUUUGAAUUUAUAGUAGAAAAAUUCAUCUCGUGAGAUCUACACUCUGGU